AACCAAACAAAAUGGCGGACCUGGAGGGAAAAGUUUGAACUGCAAAUUGUAAUGAUUUUGCCAUGCAUCGCUUGAACAGAUAUUGGAAAUUUUUAGCUGAGAGUAACAGGCGUAUUUUAAGUAGCAGAUAUCUUGCAACGUGCGGUGUACAUAGACCCAGUUCUGGACUGUAUUCAUAUCAAGGUCACGUUCUAGGAUCAGCUGUGACAUGUGCUACGAAAGGGCGGCGGUUUCCAAUAGUUAUACAGUGUUUGAAUUUAGCACAAGAUAGCCGAUUGAAACGGAUACGCAGAACUGUACCCGAUGAGCUAUGGGCUAUUCUUAUAGUUGGUGAGAAUGUACAAUUCGUGAAAUUCAACUUAUAAAGAAUGUAGAAAGGAGUCAAAACGCAGAGGUGUCAAAUUUUGGGAGUGGGGUAGAGGUGGGGGGGGCGGUGACUACAUGAGACACCUCGGUUGAACUUUUUCUUGGGAAUACCUGGUUCCCAUGUGAUGUCACAGCAGUCAUGUUCAUAGUCAAGAACAAACAGGUUUCUCUUUGCCGGGAAAUGAAAUAUUAUCAAGAAAAUUCAGCAAAAAGAAGUAAUAUUGUAUCAUAUUGACCACCAACAUGGCCACAUGUUGUGUGAUUGCAAACCAACUGCACAUACACCUCUUUAAUAAUGGACAUUUCUUCAUCCAAAAGUUACUAAGCUUCAUGCAAUUCCCGCCUCAAGUCGUAGGGACACAACUCUUAAAACUUUGUGGACACUAUGGCGUGUUCCUAGAGGUUCAGUUAAGGAAUUUUGCCCAAAUUUGCGCCGCUAGAGUCCUGUGCCUUCCUGUAAUUUUUUUGUGGUAACAGGGGAAGGGAGGGUGAGGGGGUGAGUGAUAAUAAUCUUGUCCAGGAUUUUCCAGGAUCCUGAGCAAGAUUGUACAACAUCAUCACAAUCCUUAAUGAUUCUCUAGGAUCUUGUCUGGGAUCUUUAUCAGAAUCCUGGACAUGAUUUCCACCAGGGUAUAAUUAUAUACUAUACUGUGAGGGAGAAAGGUGGGAUGACAACGUGUCAUCUGACAGACAUAUGUAGUUAUCAAAGUGAUUUAAUCAGUUAGCUAGAUUUUACGGAGCAGUCAAUGUCAGUAGGAACUUGAUUGUAAAGGAUCCAGUUUAUUACUCCACAGAAUUCUAUAGAGUCCUAUACACAUCGGCGUACGGUAAAAAUUUUGUUGGGGGGGCUGAACAUAAUUUGCCCAAAUGAAACUUGUUGGUCACAGGUGCACAAGAUGAUUCUUUCAUGACGUCAAGUUUUCUUCGCCAAGCCGUGAGAGCACGGGCGUUCAAAGUAGUGCAAAUAUUUUCAGUAAAUCGAGAUGAACAUUUCGAAAAUACAAAACCAUGAAGUGAGAGAUAAAACGUACCCAUUUGGGCUCUAAAAGAAGUGUGAAGAACAAUUACUUCAACACCAGGAUGGAGGUAACUUUAUAUAGAACAGGUAAAAUGUCAUGGAAACCAUUUUGCGGGAUGCGGGAUGAAGACAAAUAAAUCAAGAUAUUAAAUAACAAAAUAUUUUUUACCGUGUCUUUGCCCGAACAGUACAUCAGUUUUGCCCGAAUAAUACUAUUUUUUUCCGACAGGGGGGGCUGCAGCCCCCCCUGUCCCCCCCCCCCCCCCGCCCCGUACGCUGAUGCCUAUACAUGUAGAACCUUGAACAGGAUCCUGAAGGAUGUUGUUCAGACUCCUUGAAUAAGAUCUUGUCUAGGAUCAUCAAGGAUCCUAGGCGGCAUCCCACAGGAUCACGUCAAUUAUCUUGAGGAAUUAAUAAUAGAGAAAUUUCUUAUUUGGUAGGCUUUUGUACCUAUGUUGCAUUUAUGACCACGCUUCAUUAUUUUUUAAAUAUUAUAGGCAUUGGUGGUGUACUUGUGUUCAUUGCUACAGAAUAUAACAAAAUGAAGUAUGGUAAAAAUAAACCUCCUGAACUAGAGUACAAGCUAAAGAUGGCAAAGGUACAAUUAUUAUGGCAUUUAUUUAUCUUACUACUCUGUACUACAGCAGUUAAGUGGUUGGAGUGUUAGGCUCUGCAUAUGCAUGACUCCAUGAACCUGUGAAUACAGACCUGUUUUAGUUUAACAUUUGGAUACAUAUUAAUUUUUACAAAUAUUAAUGAGUUAAAAAUGCCUAAAAAUUUAUUCAUGUCAUAUACUCUUUAAGUUUUUUUGCUUCACUGUUCAUUUUUUUCACCAGAAAAGUUAGCACCAUUAUCUUUAUUGAAGGAGGGUAAGCCCUCUCUUGGUCACAAAUCUCUAACAAACGCUCUAACAUUUGAAAACUUAUUUCCACCACCCUGACAUUCUUGCAAAAACUUGUAGUACAAUAACAAUGGCUAUCACAUUUUCCUGUCAAAGUGAGUCACAUUCACGUGCAAGUACUGCAUAGUAUCAAGAAAAUCUUGUACUCAUAGUCGUCCUUGUCUUAGAAUCCAAAAGUCUCUAAUGGUGUCACCAUGACAACAAUGAAAUGCCAUUGGAUAGUACGGUAUCACUGACAUUUCAAGGUAGUUAUCCUUUCUUAUUCUUGACUUUCAUUUGCUUUUUGUUUUAGAAAAAAGAUGUGGAAGGAGAUAAGGAUCAGUCCAUCAAGUUAUUGAAAGAAGCUCUCAAACUUAUCCAUGGAUAUUUUGAGAGAACCAAAAACAACAAACCAGAAUCAACUGAACAAGAAAAAAAGGACAAUAUAAAAACACACAAGUAUUUGAGAUAUGUGCUGGAUCAGGUAAGAUUUGAAUUGAGUUGUGUAUUUUACGUUUGGAAGAAAAACCAUUUUGUAGACUACUGAUAAUCCAAAUGAUUAACGGGGUGUGAAAAGUUUAACUUUGUUUGGAACAAAUAAUAAAUAAUUAAUUUUAUUAAAUGAAGUUAUUGACUCAUAUCUUUACAUUGUACUUUGAACAAAUUGGGUUGUUCCAAAAAAUAUCCACACCCCCUUCCCUUGAAAAAUCCCACUCAGGAUCCAAAGUAAGAUCUCAGAGGAUUCCAACAUGAUCUUAACCAAAGACCUUUCCAAAAUCCUGUCCAAGAUCCUGUUAAAGAUUUUAUACAAUCCUAACUAGGAUCUUAUAAGAUUCUCCAUGAUUCUCACCAGGAUCUUAUUAUAAGGAUCCAAUAAGGUAAACUGUAAGGAUCCUAUCUUGAUCCUGUUUAAUCCCAUUAAGUGUUCUCGUAAAAUCUAUCAGGAUACAUCCCCUGGACUCCUACAAGAUAUUUUCAGCAUCCUAUAAUUUUCAACAAAAUCAAAAUCAAACAUCAGAAAUUUCACAGAAAAAUAUUCUGGAUAAGUGGGAAUGAGAUAUUGUAUGAGACAAUUUUACUAUAUUACCAUUUAAGUGCUCUAAUCAGUUAGCUACAUACACAGAGUAGUUCAUCAUCCUGUUUAAUAUUUCACAGGAUUCUGCUGAGUCCUGCAAAAUCUCGUACAGGAUCCCUUAGGAUCUUGUCCAGAAUUGAUCAGGGUAUCCUGUAGGAUCUUGUCCAGAAUUGAUUAAGAGUUCAUAGGAUGUUGUCUAGGAUCCCAUAGGAUCUUGUCCAGAAUUGAUUAGGAGUCCAUAGGAUGUUGUCUUGUCCAGGAUCCCAUAGGAUUUUGUCUAGGAUCCCGUGAGGAUCUUGUUCAGGAUCAGCAGUCCAUAGGAUGUUGUCCAGGAAUUAGGAUCUUGUCCAGAAUUGGAGUCCAUAGGAUUUUGUAGGAUGUAGGAUCUUGUCCAGGAUCCAUAGGAUGUUGUCUAGGAUCCUGUAGGAUCUUGUCCAGAAUUGAUUAGGAGUCCAUAGGAUGUUGUCUAGGAUCCCAUAGGAUCUUGUCCAGAAUUGAUUAGGAGUCCAUAGGAUCUUGUCUAGGAUCCUGUAGGAUCUUGUCCAGAAUUGAUUAGGAGUCCAUAGGAUGUUGUCUAGGAUCCCAUAGGAUCUUGUCCAGAAUUGAUUAGGAGUCCAUAGGAUCUUGUCUAGGAUCCUGUAGGAUCUUGUCCAGAAUUGAUUAGGAGUCCAUAGGAUCUUGUCUAGGAUCCUGUAGGAUUUUGUCCAGAAUUGAUUAGGAGUCCAUAGGAUGUUGUCUAGGAUCCCACAGGAUCUUGUCCAGAAUUGAUUAGGAGUCCAUAGGAUGUUUGUCUAGGAUUCCAUAGGAUCUUGUCCAGAAUUGGUUUAUAGGAGUCCAUAGGAUGUUGUCCAGAAUCCUGUAGGAUCUUGUCCAGAAUUGAUUAGGAGUCCGUAGGAUGUUUGUCUAGGAUCCUGUAGGAUCUCGUCCAGAAUUGAUUAGGAGUCCAUAGGAUGUUUGUCUAGGAUCCUGUAGGAUCUCGUCCAGAAUUGAUCAGGAGUCCAUAGGAUCUUGUCCAGAAUUGAUUAGGGGUCCAUUGGAUCUUGUCUAGGAUCCUGUAGGAUCUUGUCCAGAAUUGAUUAGGAGUCCAUAGGAUGUUGUCCAGAAUUGAUUAGGAGUCCAUAGGAUGUUGUCCAGAAUUGAUUAGGAGUCCAUUGGAUCUUGUCCAGAAUUGAUUAGGAGUCCAUUGGAUCUUGUCCAGAAUUGAUUAGGAGUCCAUAGGAUGUUGUCCAGAAUUGAUUAGGAGUCCAUUGGAUCUUGUCCAGAAUUGAUUAGGAGUCCAUUGGAUCUUGUCCAGAAUUGAUUAGGAGUCCAUAGGAUGUUGUCUAGGAUCUUGUAGGAUCUUGUCCAGAAUUGAUAAGCAGUCGAUAGGAUGUUGUCUAGGAUCGCGUAGGAUCUUGUUCAGAAUUGAUAAGCAGUCGAUAGGAUGUUCUCUAGGAUCCCAUAGGAUCUUGUCCAGAAUUGAUUAGGAGUCCAUAGGAUCUUGUCUACGAUCCUGUAGGAUUUUGUCCAGAAUUGAUUAGGAGUCCAUUGGAUCUUGUCCAGAAUUGAUUAGGAGUCCAUUGGAUCUUGUCUAGGAUCCUGUAGGAUCUUGUCCAGAAUUGAUUAGGAGUCCAUAGGAUGUUGUCUACGAUCCUGUAGGAUCUCGUCCAGAAUUGAUUAGGAGUCCUUAGGAUCUUGUCUACGAUCCUGUAGGAUCUUGUCCAGAAUUGAUUAGGAGUCCAUAGCAUCUUGUCUAGGAUCCUUUAGGAUUUUGUCCAGAAUUGAUUAGGAGUCCAUCUUGUCCAGAAUUGAUUAGGAGUCCAUAGGAUCUUGUCUAGGAUCCUGUAGGAUCUCUUGUCUACGAACAUGUCAAGGGUGCUUUAGGAUUCUACAGGAUCUUUCUAGGAUCACCAGGAUCCUAGGUAGGAACCUACACUAUCAUGUCAUGGAUUCUUUAAGAUACCCACCUGGUCAUGACCUCUGUAGGCCUUUUUCACAAACCGUGUCUGUGCAUCUGAACUGCUUCAAGAGACACUUUUUUAUUUCUUAAUUCAUACACAUGUUAAUGUAUUUUGUUUUUAAUUAUAGUUUGUUUUUAAUUAACUUCAAAAAUUGGCAAAUUUGUCUGAGAUUCCAAGUUUUAAAAAAUGGAUAUUAGAAUCAAAAUGAUACCCUUUGCCUUGAGAUAUCCCACAUAUUUUUAUUGUUUUAAACUAUCUCAUUUCUCUAGAAGGUUUUAAAGAUAUUAGAUUCCAAAAGUUUUAAGUUAAAUAUUGGUUUUGAUAUUACAAACAAAACAUGUUUUGUAACGCUUUUGUUGAGAUGGCCGCAUUUUAGACUUCCUAUCUUUCAUUGCAUGCAAAUUUUUUUUUAAGAAUCUGUAACAACCAACACCACUUAGCUUCUCACUAGCAAAGGUUUUGAACUGUUUAGUCUUUUGAUUCCAUAGUAACCUAAUCUGAUUAUUUUUAUUCUACAGGAUGUAUACUUAAUGUACAUAAAGUGAUAGUGGUUGUUUGUGUGGUUGAUUGUCCUUGUGUAAUAAACUUACAAUACUCCUUCUCUUUAAUUUUUAGGCAGAGCACUAUUUUCGCCUUCUACUACAAGAUCUUUUAUCAUCGGAUAUCCCUAAGGUCAGUCAGGGUUUUAAAUGGGGGUUAUAAAGAAUUUUAAAUGGGAUGAUCAGGAUGAUGAUAUACAGAAUUAUCAUAAGCUUUUUUUUCCAAGAAAACUGUAGAUUGUUAUAAAGGAUGAUUGAUUUUGUUUUGUCACUUUACAGGUUACUUAUAUUAUUUUGAAAAAUAUAGAAAUGAUAGUGACGGGGAAGCCUGAACUGGAAGUCUGGGGCUUACAUGGGUUCUAGGCUCCCCCUAGAUUAGUUUAAAUAGACAUAACAUUAAGGAAAAGAUGACCCGAUUUUACAACGUAAACUACAAUAUAAACUAGGAGAGAGGAAAAAAAAGAAUAAUACGACUUAAUUACAUACAAAAUUUGCUGACAAAAAAGGUUGACAUAUUUUAACUAGAAUAUCUCGAUAAAAGUUCACAUUUGCGGGAAAAUUCAAAAUUAGCAAGACUAGUCAUGGAAAUUAAAUGUUUGCUUAAAGAGUUCCAAAAGCGUGGGCAUUGGUAGGAAAUACUAAACUGUUUUAAGAUUUGUUUAAAAUGCUACCACAUUUUCUAAACCUCAAUUAAUUGUGAAGUGCAUUCCUUUAGAGAUACAUGCUUCUAGCCUGAAAAGUUACUCCAUUUGGGCAGACAAUCCCCAAUACUUCCAUAAUAAGGAGUAUCCAUCCCACCUGCCCCUCUCCUACAGGGAAGGAGCUCGACUAAGGGAGGGGAGAACAGUUACUGAUGUGUUCAUUUUAUUCGAAGACAUGAACUUGCUGCUCAGGGAUUCCAGUGGGCAACAGAUACUAUACAGAAGAAAGUAAAUGAAUCUCCAGAUGUAACAGAAAACAGGUAAGGUACAUCACUCUUAAACCCUUAAACCCUAAUAUCAGCUGACAUUUUCUCCUCGUAGUUUCCUUACAUUUCCUAUUAUGCCGAUGAUGAGAAUUUGUUUAUCCAUCCGGACCUUUUAUACUUGUUGAUCAUUUCCCUUUCUCUCACAGCCCCUAUGAUUGUUUGAGCAGUGUUGCUAUGAGGAGAAAUUAGAUUUUGGUCAUACCGUGUCAGGGGUUCAAGGGAUAAAUGUAGUGGACAUAGACUCCGGACUUUCAGUAUGAGGCGGUAUCUUUGAAUAGUUCUUACCGUACUUUCAGUUUGGAUGUAAACUGCUGUGUAGGCGGCAGUUUUCGGCCAUAAACAAUCUGGCUAAAUCGUAUAUCAUGAAAGUUAUCCUUUAAAACUUCCCUUGGGAUUACAUAAUAAUAUUUUUGCAAUUGUAUUUAAUUUGGGUUUCCCUCUGUAAAUUUCUAGCCUGCCUCUCUUUAGACCCUGUUAGGGUACAAAUUCGGAAAACGACAUAGCCUUGAAAUAGCGGCGUAACACCGAUGACAUGGCGACAAACUACUUUAAGAUAGGUUGAAUCUGCGACAGCGACGAGAGGAAUCGCAAAUACAAUAGAGAAAUACUAUUAGGCUUCCAUUGUCUCCUCCUCAAUAUGCGGAAAGACCGGUUUUAAAAUUCAGUCUAGUCACAUAUGCACCGCCCCCUUCCCCACUUUCAUUUCCCCCUUUCCCUUUCCCCUCCCCCAUCUCCCUUCUCCCCCCUUCCCCCUUUCCCCUUCCACCUCCCCCCUCCUCCCUUCCCCCCUCCACGCUUGCCCCUUCCUUCUAAGAGGGCAUCUCUCAUUGCUCUCUUCUGCUAUUGGCCCAGUGGAAGUGACAAGAGUUGGCUAUUCAUAAGCUAACAUUGUAUGAUUGUAUUUCAGCAAGGCGCUGCUAGGUGUGUGCCUUGAGGGGUGGGGGACGUAUCUCCUUUCACAAGACAAACCCACUGAGGCUUCGAGGUUGCUGACUAGGGCACUGAAGAUUUCUAAAGAGGUUCUGGGAGAGGAUCAUGAGCAGGUAUGUAGCGGAAUUAACCGAUCACAUAUGGUACUUUAAAGACCCAAGGUACCAGAAAAUUACCUGUUACCAUAAAUAAGUGCCCGGACGCUUAUAACAAGAAGAACAAAAAACUAUGCGAAAGAAACAGUUGCGUUAAAACAUGCAUUUUCGGGAUAGAAUUUGCAACCCUGAAUCCCACUUGAUAGACCAGCGUUCAACUUAACUGCUAGCACUGGAGAGUUUAUAACUUCUGCUCUUCACCAUUACAUGUAGUCCCUGUUUCUUGUGCUCUCAAAAUUCGCGCUUUGGUUUUUGUUUGCCGUUUAUUUACAGCUCGAUUAGCGGGCUUAUCCCUCUGACCAUCCAAGACAAGGCUAAUAAACAGGGGCACCCAACGACGGUUUCCUCCUAAAUGCAUUGAAAACACUUUUUCCCUUAUCCAGAGUACUUUCAAAACUCUAGAAAUGCAUUCUAAGCGGCGCUAUAAAAGUUGUAUCUGUUCGGUCGUCCUCCCUUAGGGCCUCAGUAUUAUUUUAUCGAAAAUUUUAGAUGCAAUUUUAGGAAAAGGAAUUUUUCUGAUUCCUCUCUCCAUCGCAUUUUCGAAUCCGUAAAUUUUAGAUUUCCUUUUUCUACGAAAAAUAUGCUAACUUGGGGACUGGAAUGCGAAAAACUAAACUUUAGAAAAUCGUAGGGAAUUUAGUAGAUAAGCUGCGAUAAGUGUACAUGAAUGGAAUGGUCAUCUAGAAAUUUUUAGCCUUCCUCUGACCUCAAGUAAUAGAAAAUUGUAGUCAAUUUUUGCUUCUCCGAACAGAUAUUUUACAGAAAACGGUCGUUGGGUGCCCCUGAAUAAAUGAAAUUGGAGACCUUCGGAAUCGAGGACGUGGCCGACUACUAGGCCGAGAUUUGACCUUUUUUUCUCGUGUAUUGGCUCCAAAAAUAGACAUCUCGAAGAGCUUCAUUUUACUUUUUUUUUAAUCAGUAAAGUUGACAGAGUUAUUUUAUUGAAGAAGUUUAUGCCCUUUCCCGAUCGCAAAAUGAUAAUACUUCUAAAAUUUGACAACUUGUUUCCGUCACUACGAACUUUAUGCUAAACUCGUAGUAGAAUGACGACGGCUUCCACAUUUUCCGACAAAAUGACGCUAGUUCACGCGCACGCAGUACUUAGUAUUGAGAGAAUCUCGUUCUCGUGCUCUUUCUCACCGUGGAAUCUAACGGUCUCUAUUAACUUGUUUUUAGACAACUGUGGUCCUUAAUAACCUAGCCAAGGCUUAUGCUGAGAGUGGAAAGUACGAACUGGCUGAAGAAAUGGCCAGAGAAGCUGUGCGCAUUGCUGAACAGACUCAAAACACUCAUUUGUCACGCUUCGUGGCCAAUCUAGGAACCAUCCUUAACCUGGAAGGUAUACAUCUAUUAACAUGUUGCUGUGUGAACAUGAAAGUCAGUCAAGAAGGCCUGGCUGUCAUAGCUGUAGUUGCUGGAAGUUUGAUGGCGCUAUUUCCUGAAUAAAUCACUACUUAGUGGAUACGUUUCAUGGGGGGGGGUUACUCCUUUAUAUAAGUCAUAUGGGUUUGUGCCGCCCCAAAGGGUAUGGUUUUUACGCCUUUUCGGUCUGAAAACGGGUAUAAAUUUUGGUCUGGAAUCGGGUAUGGUUUUCAAGGGAACAACGGGAGUAUCAGGGCUCGAAAUUAAAAAAAAUGUCUGGUCGCAAAUUUGCGACUAGUUACGAAAAUUUGGUCGCAACUUUGAAAAUGUUAGUCGCGAAAUUAAUUGAGGCCAUUAAUUUUAAUCAAGAAAUAAGUAGGCUUUUCAAUGAUUAACGCUUUAAUUUUCAUUCUUUCAACAGCUUUCAUGUCAUUUCGAGACUUAAUAGUACAGAACGUUUAGCGUCUCGGACAACACCAGUUCAUCUAAACGAUCAAGUUGAACCUGCGUUAAGGCACAUAAAUUAGUGUCUGUUAUUUUAGUCAAAGCGAUAGAUUUCCAAAUCAUGAACAGAUAUUACAGCAGGAAACUGCAGUUCUUAAAUGCCUCUAAUCUCUGCAAAAUAGCAAUAACAUUUGUACUGGGCGGACAUCCGACAUGGUUAUAGGUUACGUUACGUAACUAAAUUCCUUUAGUUUUACCUUUUGCAGGUUUUCCACCGAUGACAAAACAAGUAACGAAUUCUUAUAUAUAUUAAGCUUUACAUCUGAAGUAUCAGGGGUGUUACUACAGUGAUUACUCAAAGAACCCUGAAGGACUGAAUCAUUCAAUACGACGAUACGUGCCAUGCGGACAUUCCGCCAUCUUUGUUUGCUAAACCUCGUUUUCAUGUAUGCGUAGAUUCGCAACCCACUUGGAACCGAUUUAUUUUACAUGUAAAUCUUUUUUUUUUUAAACUAACUGUUACUGUCAAACGAAGAAACAAUGAAGCCUUAAGUACUCAUUUUUUACCAACGAAAGUUAUUGACUCCAGUUUUUCUGCUUGUUUCUGUUCCUUUGAUCUUGCUCAGUGACUAACAGUUGUAUGCAGUUGUUAUUUCACUACAAGCCAUUUAGAAACCUAGAGAGAGGGAUGGUGACUGAUAUCUAACAAACAAAAUUAUAAGAUGCUACUUCAAUGAAUCUUUUUAUUUCUAAAUUUAUUUAAGCAAAAAUUCAAGUGCUAGUCCUUUUAUUUCGUAUCAGUUAAGGCAAAACCUAGUCGCAAAUUUGCGACUACUCUCGUUUUUCUAGUCGCAAAUAAGAAAAAUUAAGUCGCAAAUGCGACCGUAUCGGUGGCAAUUUCGAGCCCUGAGUAUAUGUUUCUAUUCCAUAUGAACAAGAAAGAAAGAGAUAUGCGAAUUCGAAACGCUUUUCAAGAAAUCUUUUCGUUUGCGUUCUAAUCUAAGUAAUGAUGACGUAAUUUCUUAGAGGCCAGCGGGUCGUUUCUCGAAACUCCCGAUGAUUAACGGGCCCGAAAAGCUGUUGUUCUUUACAUUCAAAAUAGAGGGGUCAAUAGUUUUUAUGACAAACAUCAUAAAACCAUCAGUUAACAGAACAAAAUGGACUGGUUUGCUAUCAAGCGGGCGCGCGCUCUCAUCCUUUUAGAUUUUGAUUUUAAUAUUUCAUUUCGGGCCGGAAAAGUUGUCUGGACUUUCGAGAAACGGGUCCCAGGUCUGAAAACGGGUGUGGAAAAUGACAUUCUUUGGUCUGAAAUAGGGUCAGGAUUUGGAGAACCGGGUGGCACAUGGGCGGCACACCACCACCAAGAAUACCCGGGAGUACUCCCCCCCCGGAUACGUUUUUGGGAAAUGAAUUGGACUAUCCAGAGGAAAGAGGUUUUUCCGGCGGAUAGCGCCAAUGUGCGUUAUCCUGUGGGUAGUGAUUUAUCCGGUUGGUAGCGUUAUGCACCUUUUUAACAAUUGAGCCCUUCUGAACUGGGCCUGGUGUUUAGGCAGUUAAUUCUUGAUGCGAUUUUAAGUGCGAUCUCGAGACGGGGGAAGACAGCUUAGCCCAGUAUGAAAGAAACGGGGAUACUUGUCAGAAAAUUAGACUUUUAGGGCAAAUUUUUUAAUCAGUUUUGCAUCUUUCGCCUGGCUCCUUUGGCUGCUACACACUUUUUUCCUUUGUUAUGUUUUGAUUCAAUGUAUAGUUAGCUCUGUUUUUACUUCUUUUCCUCUUAUUGUUGUUGUAGUGUAAUUGAAUAAGACUUGAACUUGAACUUGAUUAGGGCGCCUGCGAUGUGAACACCACUUACUAAAUGUUUUGGCAACUAGCGUAAAAAAUAGCCCGAGGGAGGGUUAAAUUGCGCUUUAAGUUGCCGCUUUAAUUGCGGAAAAUUUCUGACCUAUUGAUUUCCUGUGUUAACGAACCGUUGAGCCCUUUAUUUAGCCUGGGAAGCGCUCGGGAUUCUUGUGCCCGGGGUACUUGACUUGCUCCCAAUCUUCGACAUCUUCAUGCGGCUCGGCCGCCACAAAACUACAGCACUCCCUCUAAUCCUGCCAACCCAAAUAAGUGAUAAUGAGAGGUUAGCCUUCGUUUCUGGCGGGAUUACCGGACGUGCUGUUGUUUCUUGGCGGCGGAGCCGAGAAAAGAUUGAGAGCACGACAAGGUACAAGUCAAGUCGAGUCAACGGAUUUCCUUCGCGACUUCGUCUCUCGCUAAAAUCCCUCGCGGCUCCCCCGCGAAAGUAUCCCACGCAUAACAAUCUCGCCAGCUACGCAAGAUAGUGAUAUGCUAACAAGUAGCUUUGUUCCUUCCCUUAAGGUAACGUUUCAAAAGCAAAGGAAGCUCUGAAGAAAGCGCUUAAGCUAGCAGACGAGGCAAAAGAUGAAGAAACGAAGGAACUGAUAAACGACAGCUUAGCAGAGAUGGAAGGAUGA